GGAGCGUCCUUCUCUUUCCAUCUGCUUCCAUUUCCCCAUCUGUGACCUCCUGGCAGUUGUGAGGCUGCAGUCACUCGUCUUUGAAGUGUUUGACCUGCCCAGUCUGAUGGUGGUUAUGACAACGCUAUAUCAGAGCUAAGUAGUAUAAUUAUUGUUGUUUUAUUGUGCUGCUCAGACCAGUAAAAUGGUUGAAAGUGAAAAUGCAUGAAGGGGAGGGAGAGAAGCCAAGCGGAGGAGGGACAGCAGGAGCCUCAGCCCCUGCUGUCCCUGACACACCACACACCCUGACCUCCUGGGUCCUAUUUCUUCAUGUUGGUUCAACAUUAACCCAGACGGGGCUGGGACUUCUCUUGUCCUGCUCCCUCUUCAUUUCCCCUGCAGCUGAGGCAUAUACCAUGAGGCACAGCAGAGUCAGAGUGCUGGGCAGCCUGCUCCUUUUCUGCCUUCUGCACCUCGUGCUGAGCCAUGACAGGGCUCUGUGUCGAGUGACUGGUCAGUGUUCUGGUUUGAUAGUUUUCCUUGGGCAGCAGCAAGCGCUUUCCCUGCUCAAGCGCCCGCGACGUGCCAACAGGGGAUUCCUGGAAGAGAUGCUCAAAGGCAACCUGGAACGGGAGUGUCUAGAAGAGAAAUGUAGCUACGAGGAGGCCUAUGAAGCCCUUGAGUCCACUGUUCGCACGAAUGAAUUCUGGAGGAAAUACACGGAAUGUGAAUCCCAGAGGAAGCUCAGGACAGCUCUGGAUGAGUGUCUGACAGGAAACUGUGUCGCAGGCAGUGGGCAGAACUAUAAAGGGACAGUUUCUGUCACCAAGUCGGGGAUUGAAUGUCAGUUCUGGACAAGCAAAUUCCCUCACAGACCUGAGUUUAACACCACCACCCAUCCAAAUGCCAAUCUCACCAAGAAUUACUGCAGGAACCCAGACAAGAACCCAAAUGGCCCCUGGUGCUACACCCGAGACCCAGCAGUGCGAUGGGAGGAGUGUGCUGUUCCAGUGUGUGGUCAGGACAAGACCACAGUUCCAUUUAGUCCCCGGUCCCCUCCACUGGACAAAACACAGCAGCCAUGUGAAACGGACAAAGGGAUGAAUUACCAUGGGAAUCUCUCUGUCACCAUCUCUGGGGUCAAGUGUUUGCCAUGGGCCUCAGACAAGGCAAAGGAGCUGUCCCAUGGAAAUACAUUUUCCCGAGAAGUGAAGCUGCUGGAGAAUUAUUGCCGGAAUCCUGAUGACGAUGAUGAGGGUGUCUGGUGUUAUGUGGAUCAUCCAAAUACUACCUUUGAGUACUGUGACCUGCACUACUGUGCAAGGCCUCUGGAUGAGAUUGACGAAGUAAUAGCAGGGAGGACCAUUACCCAACAGCAUCAAACCUUCUUUGAUGUUAAGACUUUUGGUUCAGGUGAAACAGAUUGUGGCAUCCGUCCCCUGUUUGAGAAGAAACAGAUUUCUGAUAAGAGUGAGCGUGAGCUGUUGGACUCCUACUUUGAGGGCCGGGUUGUAGAGGGGGAAGAUGCAGAAGUUGGCAGUGCCCCCUGGCAGGUGAUGCUUUUCAGGAAGAGUCCACAGGAGUUGCUGUGUGGUGCCAGCCUCAUCAGCGACCGCUGGGUCCUUACUGCUGCCCACUGCCUCCUUUACCCACCCUGGGACAAGAACUUCACCACAGAUGACAUCUUGGUGCGGAUUGGGAAGCACCAGAGAACAAAGUACGAGAAGAACAUAGAGAAAAUCGCCCUGCUGGAUAAAAUCAUCAUCCAUCCCAAGUACAACUGGAGAGAGAACCUGGACCGAGACAUUGCACUGUUGCUGCUGAAGAAACCCAUAGUUUUUAGCGACCGCAUCCACCCUGUCUGUCUGCCCACCAGAGAGCUGGUGCAGAGCCUGAUGCUGUCAGGCUUCAAAGGGCGGGUAUCUGGAUGGGGAAAUCUGUAUGAGACCUGGAGCUCUGGCACCACCGCACUGCCCUCAGUUCUGCAACAGGUGAACCUCCCCAUAGUCAGCCAGGAUACCUGCAAGGCAUCCACUAACAUCAAACUCACUGAAAACAUGUUCUGUGCAGGGUACGGGCCUGAAGACUCCAAGAGAGGGGAUGCUUGUGAGGGGGACAGUGGGGGCCCUUUUGUCAUGAAGAGCCCAGAAGAAAACCGCUGGUAUCAGGUGGGGAUCGUCUCAUGGGGAGAAGGCUGUGACCGUGAUGAUAAAUAUGGAUUUUAUACACAUGUAUUCCGCUUGAAGAAAUGGAUGCUAAAAACCAUCAACAAAUAUGGGCAAUAAAGAAAGCAUCUGUCACA